GUUUUAUGUUUGGUGCAUGCAGCAUGAAUGCGGUGGCAGCCGACAAUGAUGAGGACAGCGGCCUUAUUCUGAUGCUCGGGGACCACAUUCUAGCUAGAGUUGUUAUUGGAGCAGAACGAGUAUAAGAAGAAGAAACUUGGAUAUUUCAAUUGUUGCACAGAGGUGGACAAGGCUGGACAGCUAUCGGUACGGUAGAGGAGAAACCGUCUUCAGGAGGUUCCGUUUCCGCAAUCAAUCCUGAUGCCGCUUUUUCUGGACACCACCACCACCAUCUUCCCAUUUGAUCUCGUCGGCUAGUAGCUAUCCGUCCUUCCUCAAUUCCAAGAGUCUCUUGAGUACUGUAGGAGGAUUGGCCGGGUUCCUGUUGCUACUGCAGAGCUACCACCAAUACUAGCUAGGGACAGCUUUGGCGGUUACAAUGAAUUCCUCCACUGGUGGAGGACGCCACCAUCACCGGCCACAACGACAGCAGCAGCAUCCUGUGAUCCCUGUCUCCAGCAGUCAAUGGCACAGUCACAGACGGCCACAACAGCACCAUUACCAGCAGCAACAACAAUAUGAAACUCCCAGAAAUAAUGUUCACAUGGCAACAAGACAGACACCACCAUCGGCUCAACACUAUCAGGGUAGCAUUGCCAGCGUCUCUCGCCAAGAACGAUUUCGACACCAGCAGCAAGAGUACUUUCCACCAUCCCAGCAACAACAAUCCCCAUUUCCAGGAAUUGGACUCGAUUAUGUAGACGAUGUGCCACCGCCUUCUCCUUUGGUACUGGACCCAUCGGCUCCAUUGCCGCCUUCUGGCUCCAGUAGUGCAACCCAUGGCAAUGCUGCCCAUCAAAACAACAACAAACAGGAGGGAAUGAUGCAGCAUCUACUCAAGGGAAUUGGCGUUUCUGGGUCCUCCUCUUCGCCUGCUAGAAAACAACAUCAUCCUCAACAUCAUGCUCAUGGCAAUUCACAACCACCUCCACGUCAGGCAGCCUCUCAUCCUUCACAACAACAACAACAAUUAUCAGCCGUGCCAGAACCACCCAAUGCCACUGAUUUGGCCCGAUUGGCUCCCAGAGCUGGGUUUCUGCAGAAAUUAGGAACCAACAUUCAUACGUACAAACGCCGAUUCUUUGUGCUACAACCCUCCACAUAUCUCUACUACUUUUUGUCUCCCAGUGACACUGUACCACGAGGAGCCAUUGCCAUGGACGAUGCCACAGUCCAGAUUGUCGAAACAUUACCCGAUGGGCGAUCGCGACUCGAAUUAAAAUGGCCCAACCAUGCAAGGACCAUACAUUUGGAAGCACGAACUCCCGAACAGGCGCAAGAAUGGUGUCAAUCGCUACAGCAAGAACGAUUGUCCCAUGUUCGAUCGAAAUGGGAAGAAUCACAACAAGAAUUGGCGAACGCAAAGAAUGAAAUUGAGGAUUUGAAACGACAAUUGGAACAUUAUGCUUAUGUGGAACAAGACCGGGAUGGGGCUCUGGAAGAUGCACGACGAUGGAAGGGACAGUUUGAACAAUUGGAUGAAACCAUUCGGGUACUGGCCAAUCACGUGCGGAAAAUGCCAACGACAACAACCACUCAUGCUGACAAUGAGAAAACUGGGGAAGAAGCAAAAGAAAGGACUGACGAUCAAGGGGAGACGGGCGACGCAGUCAUGUUUAAUGCAGAGAAAGACAGCGAUCGGCAAGAGGGUGAUGGCAACGAUCUUGCCGUAGCGAUUGGCAAGGAUAAUCCUGCUGCAAAAACCACCGCAAAGGCUGUAGAGAAAGUGGCCACGGAAGGCAAUGCUAACGAGACUAAUUCAAACGAGCCGGGCACUCGCAACGAAACUGAAACUGAGGCUUCCACGGACGAGCAGAAAGAUCGAAACACUGCCAGGGAAAACGAGGAGCCGGCUGAGGAUGAUGACAAUGUUGAUAAGGGGCCUCGGGAUGUCUCGUUACUGGACGAUGAUGCCGCCGCCGAAGAGGCCGCGGCAGCCCUCUUUGAAAGCAGCAAUAUUAUCGAACAGCUGGACGCACCAGGACAACACUUUCCGGCUCUGAUCAAUGCAUGUCAACAACUGCGGGAGAAUGUACGAUUGUCAUCGGAAGAGGCCAUUGCUGCGGUGGAAGAUACAAAAGCGGCUCAGGAUGUCUCAAAGGCGCUGCAAGCUCGGAUGACCAAGGCAGAGAAACAGCUUUGCAAUUUGUGGGAGGAGAAUUGCAGCAUUCGAAAGACACUCAAGCAGAAAAAACGAGAAAAGCGAGUGCUGGUUCGAGAAGUGAAGUCGUUGAUGGAAGUACAGAAAAAGCAACAACAGUUGCAGCAACAGCAGCAGCAUCUGCUUGCUCAACAAAUGGGAUACCACUCGCAGCAACGACAACAUCUAACGACACAGCCAAGGAUGAAAUAUGCAUUGGGGCUUCCCGAGAUGGACGUGGAAGAUGAUGCAACGAUUGGCAGUGACGAAGAGGAACGACUGAUCAAUGAGUUGGAGGAGCAUGUGGUGUCGAGCAUUCGACUGCACGAGGAGUUCAUAUCGGCAUCAGCUGUCAAGGGAGAUCAGCAAGACAAAGAUGCAGAACCUACGUCGAAUGCCAGGCGCCUUCAUGACCCAGCUGUACCUUCCUCCUGCAAUAGUACAGCAACAACAACAGCCUCGACUCAGUCGGGUGUGAGGAAUAUUCGCUUCGCUCGAAUGGACACAACAAGUACUGCAGCUACCGUCGUUCAUCACACUACUCCUGCCAAACCGCCGCCAUCACUUCCUCUUCUUUCGCAUUCUUCCCGCCCUCGCGAUUCGCCACUACCUUCCCUUUUUGAUCGGAGCUCUUUUGAGACCGAAUCUGAAGCGGACAGCGGAGAAGUCGAGGGCAACAUUUCUAAACGUGUUGCUCUUGAAGGGGCAGAUGAUGAAGACGGCGAGGCUUCGUCGCUGCAACCUCCAGAAAUGGUUGUCGAUGAGAGCGGAUUCCCGAAACCCGUGGAUAUUGAUGGACGGUCCAUCAGCAGCGUCGCUGCUUCUUUCGGGGGUGAAAGUGGCAGCUCGGGAGGUAGGCCCAUUAGCACACCUCUGCGACCAAAUCCAAUUCUGCAGUUAGAUCAGGAUGAGAUGGAAGAGUUAAGGCGAACGGAAGACGGAGACGACAAAAUGGAAUACUUCAAACCGAUCAAUGUUGCUCGAACUCAGGCCACCUCCAGGCUGGUUUGCCCCCUGGCGGACGUGGUGCAGACAAAACCUAAGGAUGAAUUCGCUUCUGUGGGACCUCAAAGGUACCAAGACGAACUUCAAAUUUAUCAUCUCACGUUCUAUACACAGAAAAUCGGGCUUCAGUUUCAAAAGGUCCCAGCACCUCCAGUUAAGCCGCGGGGCUUGCUGACUGAUGCAAUGACAUCUGAUCUUGCGGGAGAUCCUCGUGGCGCGGAUAAGACUGCUUCGGAGCUGAAGCGAGUCGCUGCAAUUGCUACUUGGGCAAAGAACGAUGUUGACCACGGAGAACCAAACUCGGAUGCUUGUUUGCAGGUUGCCACUCCAGUUGACGCUGUACUUGUGUGUGGAUUUGAGGGAUUCGAUGAUUCCGGCAACAACAUACGACCAAAGUUGGGGGCGCGACUUGUGGCCUUUGAUGGAGUCUCUGUAGAGGUCGGAAGGUGGACUUUUGAUAGCAUCAGAAAAUCCAUCAAAGCCCGUGGGCGCCCUUUGACGCUCAGUUUUCGCAAUGAUUUUUUGACCACUGAUCAGCGCGCCAUCAUGACCAAGGCGGUUUCCCAAGCCGAACGGAGACCUCCACCAUUGAGCACCCCAGAGCUCUUCUCCAAGUUCACUGAUUCGAUCGAGUAUUCUGCCGUAGUGCAAUACCGGAAGCACGUUGAAGACCCAAGACCAGAUUCUAGAGCGUCUGCGCCUUCGUUGCCUGGUGUAUCGUCGCACGAGACGGAUCAGUUUGUCAAUGAAACCUUUCGCACUUCCAAUGUUAUCAGACUGCCUGAAACAGGGCACUCAAAGAGAUGGGAGGACGAGGACGACCUUACGGUUUCAACGACGGGCUACCACAGCGACUACCAUCACCAACGUCCAGAGCAGUACCGGCGUAUGACAGGGUCUUCAGGAGGGAGCUACAUCAGCAGCAGACCUGGCGCUUACCAGUACAGAGCCUUCAGUGAAGCCGGUUCUUCUGCAAGUGCGCUUUCGAGCGCCAUUGGCCCGCUCAUGUCAAAUCUUUUGGGCGGCCUGUCGGAGAAGAAGAAGCCUGUGAACAUGAAUCCAUCGUACCUGCACAGUCGAGUACCGGUGGAGUCGACACCACAACAUCAAGAGUUUCAAGCAGGCUUGCUGUAAAUAGCAAUGUACCAGUAAAGCAUGAACAUAUUGUAUUGUAACAGUCUAAUAGUAUGUUGUUUUCUCGC